UCUCUCUCUCUCCCCUCCUUUUUUUUCUCUCCUCGCACCCCUUUUCCCUCCUUUUCUCCUUAAAGGCCUUGACAGGCUCGCUGGGGAUAAAAACCUGCAGCCCGGGGGAGGUGAGUGACAUUUUGGAGCAAGAUGGCAAGAGGGACGGUGGCCACGUACCUGCAUGGAGUGCUUCUCCUGACUCUGUGGAAACCCUCGCUGCAAGGAGGUGUAUACGUACCAGCUGCUGGAGGAGCAGGAGCUGGCACCGGAGCCAGUGCAGGACUUGGAUUUGGACCAGGUGGUGCUGGAACAGGAUUUGGGCCUGGAGGAACUGGGACUGGGUUAGGACCUGGAGGCACUGGUUUUCAGCCCGGAGCUGGACAAGGAGCGACUAGUGUUGGUCUAGGAGGAGGAACUGGAGGCUUUGGUGCAGGAGGUCCURGUACUGGUGCAGGUCUGGGACCUGGAACAGGUUACACCCCUGGAGGUGGCUAUGGAGGAUAUUAUGGAAACAAACCCCCCAAAACAGGUGGUGUUGGAACAUCACUUGGAGGAACUGGUUUUGGCCCUGGUGGUGCUGGAGUCAGACCUGGUGGAACUGGGGUUGGGCCUGGGGCAAAUGGUUUUGGUCCUGGUGGAACUGGGGYUGGUCCURGUGGUGCAGGGAUUGGUCCUGGGGGAACAGGAUUUGGUCCUGGUGGGACAGGAUUUGGYCCUGGAGGUACAGGRUUUGGUCCUGGUGGUACAGGAGUUAGACCUGGUGGAACUGGGGUUGGGCCUGGUGGUGCAGGGAUUGGUCCUGGGGGAACAGGAUUUGGUCCCGGUGGUACUGGAUUUGGUCCCGGUGGUACAGGAGUCAGGCCUGGUGGAACUGGGCUUGUGCCUGGUGGUACAGGAUUUGGUCCUGGUGGUACAGGAUUUGGUCCUGGUGGUACUGGCUUUGGCUCUGGUGGAACAGGGUUUGGUCCAGGUGGUGCAGGACUUGGACCUGGAGGAACAGGAUUCGGUCCUGGUGGAGCUGUUCCAGGUGGAGGAGCUCCAAUGCUGCCUCAGACCAGUACAACUGGGGGAGGACCUGGUGGAAAAAGUGGUGCUAAAGCAUCAAAACAAGUUCCAGGCAUCGGGGUGCCUGGACUCUAUCAAGGUGGAUUUGUACCAGGUCAAGGUUUUGGAGGCCGUGGUGUUCUUCCUGGAGUAGUCACGGGAUCUGGACUUGGGUCUCAAACAGGGACUGGAAUACUCGGUCAAAGUGGGACAGGACCAGGAGCAGCAGCUAACGGUCGUGGACAACAGCUGCCUGGUGUUUUUCGUGGUUAUCCUCUCAUAUCACCUAAAUCAGGAGCGGGAAAAUCAAAAAAGCCUGGCCAAGCAGCGGCUAAAUAUGGUGGAACUGGAGGAGGCAUCACUGGUCAAGGAGGCACCUUAGGAGGUGGAGCUGGAAGACUUCCUGGAGGGGGUGUUGGAACAGGAGUGGGACCAGGAUUUGGAGGUGGUGUAGGGGGUGGUGUUGGUACAGGAGUGGGACCAGGAGUAGGAGG